GAUUACACCGGAUCGGACCAGCAUCAGUCAUCUGUUUGCCUUUCUCGGACCAACACAUCGAGUCCGCGCUCCGAAUCUCCCCGUGUGAAUUAUCCGUGUUUAGUUAGAAGUGAUCCUUGCGACUUGCAGUAGUAAGGAACGGAACGAUGAGAGCCUUUGUACUGUUGAGCUGCUGUUUGGCCCUGGCUUCCGCUCGACCGGAAGCGGGUUACUCAUACAAUCGUCCAUCGACGGGCGGCGGCUCUCACGGAGGCGGCGGCGGUGGCUACUCCUCGGGAGGACACGGAGGCGGCGGCGGUGGCGGUAGCGGAGGACAUGGAGGAGUGUCCUUCAGCUCCGGCGGUGGUGGCAGCAGCGGAUUCUCGUCCUUCGGUGGAAGCGGAUUCGGAGGUUCAUCCUCGUUCAGCUCCGGCGGUGCCAGCAGCUUCGGUGGUGGAUCUAGCAGCUUCGGAGGCGGUGCCAGCAGUUUCGGAGGCGGCGGCAGCAGCUUUGGCGGUGGAUCCGUCGGAGGCGGCUUCGGAGGCUUCUCCGGAGGUUCCCAGCAGGCCAUCAUCCAGAAGCACAUCUACGUGCACGUCCCACCACCAGAGCCGGAGGAGGUCCGCGUCCAGCGCCCACUCCAGGUAGCCCCGGCCCAGAAGCACUACAAGAUCAUCUUCAUCAAGGCCCCGUCCGCCCCAGCCUACCAGGCGCCUCAGAUCCCCCUGCAGCCCCAGAACGAAGAGAAGACCCUGGUCUACGUGUUGGUCAAGAAGCCCGACGAACAGCAGGACAUCGUCAUCCCGACGCCAGCCCCAACCCAGCCCAGCAAACCCGAGGUCUACUUCAUCAAGUACAAGACCCAGAAGGAGGGUGGAGCCGGAGGAUUCGCCGGAAGCGUUGGCGGAAGCUUCGGUGCCGAUAUUGGUGGCUCUAUUGGCGGUCAUGACAGCGGCUCCGGGGAUCACAGCGGAGGACACACCGCCACGGCCCCAGCUGCCCAGUACGGACCACCCGGCAAGUCCGGCCCAUACUAAGACACGAACCACCACCACGAACACGAACGGAUCAUUCCGGACUCAUCGAACCGAUUCCGCGGACCACGUAGCUAGUCGAAAAAACACAAAUCAUUGAAACACAUUAACACACACAUCCAAGCGGAGUCAGUCUAGCUCACGCACAAACACCAACACAAAUCACGUUGUUAUUGUUGAACGCUCUUUUGCCGGAGGAGGUUCCGGUUCGUCCGGCGUCCAAGAAUUGCAAGGAGCCGUCGAAUCGGAACGCCCCAGGCCUCUGUUGUACAUAGGAUUUCUACUUCACGAAGCGAAGAAAACAAAUUUUCUUAGGACGUAGGAAUUAUUUUUACAACUUCUUACACUUAUUAUUAUUAUUGUAAUAUGAUUAAUUGUAAUCUUGUUUAAUUGUUCUUAGAAAAGAUAUGCAAAUUAAAACGGUGACAAAUUUUUAGAAAAAAAAA